AUGGAGGGCUGUAAAAAUUACAGUCAGAGCAGCAUAGAUCUCUACCGCAGGGCGCUGGUGGAGUCCAGCAUAGAGUUGGAAGAGAGGAGCCGGAGUAUGCCAUUGGCUGACCGCGGAGACAACUGCGGAUAUGGAUACAAGGGGCGAAGUCUUCCACAUACAUUCCCCUACACACUGGAAUCUACGGUCGGUAAUGAGAUGGCUAUGAAAAGAUUUGUGACGACGCAAAUAAAAAAAGGCAUUAUCAAAAGACCUGCAACCUCCUGCUUGGGGCGGAUGAGACCAUGGUUGGACAACUGCAGAUAUACCUGCACAAGAUUCUUUCGGUGCAUGGUGUAUGUCGUUCAGAGAGCUAUUCUGUUCGGCUUCUGGUCUUGGAUCUGCAUCUCCCUCAUCAAUCUGUUCAAGACUGCAGAAAUUUCCUUCGUGAAGAGACAUGCUGUCAUCCCGAGGAGUAUCCGAAUGCCUGACUUGGCGUAUCACCUAAUCCAAGUGGACGCUGAGGAGCUGACCAUAAAACUCAAGUUGUACGGCCCGUUCAUACCUUAUCUGCAGCAGAAUAGGGAGUACAAUGACGUGAUGAUGGCUGGAGACCACAAGCAGUAUGUCUUCCAUUGUUACCUGGAGAGGUGGAUCUACCAACCUUCUUUGCUGAACCCAAACUUGUACAAACUGCUCAAGCAAGACACCGUUUAUGUUGACUACGCGAAAACAGCGGUUGCCAAGAUAAUGAUGACGAAUGAUAGCGGGACCACGCACAAAGAACCCUUAGACUAUAACAACUACCCCAGGAAUGCCAGGUUGGCUUUGCCAACAACGACGUAUGAAGGCAUAACUGGGAACGCAACGGCGUCAAUAUUCUACGCCCUUGGUUUUGGAGUGGACACUACACAGGAAGCGUCAGUUCCGUUUAGUAUGGAAUACAAAAUCGACCCGAUCAACAUGAGAACCAGGGUUCUGAUCGGCAUGAUUCCCCUGCUGGUGUUCUGCGCCCUGCUUAUUUUACAAGUAAACCGUGGCGUGGCCGCUUAUAUAGCUAUGUGUACUGCGUUGGCUGGUUUCGUCAAAACUGGAGAGGAAAUUCUGGUGAGCGAGACAGGACAGUGGCUGAAUACAGAUAUCGUGUUGUACGUUUUUGCCGCCAUGAUGCUCGUUUCCAUCUUAUCUGAAACCAGGCUCUACUCUUGCAUCGGAUAUCAUUUUUUAAGGCUGACCAACCGUGAUGUGAGCAUGACCCUCAUUCUGUUGAACCUACUUACCGGUUUCUUCUCAAUAUUCUUCAAUAACAUGUUCAUUGCGAUAUUAAUGGCGCCUCUGGCAAUCAGGAUGAUGGAGUUCCUAGACCGAAAUCCGUACCCUGUGCUCAUCAACCUGAUGAUGAUUUGCAACAUAUGUGGGAAGGCGUACGUUGGAACGUUUAUCGUGAGGGAAAUCCUGCAACACAUCGAGGCCAUAAACACUGGUAUAACUUUGAAGAGGAUCAUGAACGUGUGCAUGGUACCUUCGCUUAUCGUCGCGGGCGCAACCGGCGUGGUUUGGUUCCUCAUCUAUUCCUUCCUCAAACCACAUGAAUACAGGAAGAGGAUUGAUAUAGCAGACUUGGAACACCAGUUGAUACUGUGGAAGAGAAUGUACAAUGAGAUCCCAAACGUGAGUUACAAUUGGCAUGUGAUCCGCAAGAAGAUUCAAGAUAAACGGACAGCAUUGAAGGCGGAACUUGUGAGGCUCAAGGCGCUGCCUACCCCGGACUACAUGGAGAUGAAGACUGAUGCUUACUUCAGGGAGCUGUACUAUGACGCCCGUGUCUACAACUGGUUUCUGGUGGUGAAGGUGGCUGUGGCGGCGAUCGGGUUCAUGGGACUGGUGAUCAUUUACAUUUACAAUGUGUACAUCGAACAAUUCCAUGGGAAAGGUGACAUAAAGCUGGGGUACAUUGGUCUUUACGCGGUGCUACUUCUGUUCCUCCUUCUCCAUUCGAGGGACUUCGGCCUCCUCCUCAAGAGGAUGGACUGGCAGGCCAUUGUGAUAUUCGUGGCAUUCGGCAUUAUUAUUGCGGUUUUUAUACGCCUGACCGGCCAUAUGGACGACUUUUUGUGGAAGAUGUACGGUACAUACGACCAUACUGUGAUGUCGCGAAAAAGAAAAAUACACAUGAUAUUCGCUCAGAUGCUCUCUUACACCUCCAUAUCUGGCGUUUGCAACGAGCACGUGGUAUCCAUGUUUUUCCUCGACACGAUUCUGCAGUUUUCCAUCUUUCGAGGAUUGAACGCCAUCGGAGAAUUGCUGGGUGGAUUCAUCAUGGCUACUGGAUUUUGGGGUAAUGCAACGAUUCUGGGCACGGGAGCCAGUAUCCUGAUAGCAGGUGUGUCGGAUGACCAGGGUUAUUCUAUAAAGUUCAUCAACCACAUGUGGUACGGCAUACCCGUAGCUAUCAUGAAUGUUCUCCUUCUCUAUGUCUAUGUUGGGUUCACUUAUUUAAUUUAAUUUCCGGUACACAUCAUCUAAGUUUAUUAAAAGUUAUACCUGUCAUUUUCUUAUAAGUACACCGAAAAGGAAAGGGACGGGUAAUCGACAGGCAUAAAAUUGAACACACGUCAGUUUUAGGUAGACUUUAAAACAACCCUCCCAUAUAACAACUUUAUAACUAAGAAAAUUUAAAUCAUUUUUAAAAGGUCGUUGUUCAAUCGGGAAAGUUGUCGAACUGGGAAAUGGGCAAAUUGGGAAAAUGGUCGAAUAGGGAAAUAGGUGAACUGGGAAAGUGGUCGAAUUGGGAAAUAGGUGAACUGGGAAAGUGAUCGUAUUGGGAAACUUGGCGAAUUGGGAAAUUUAUCCAAUUGAACCGGAAGGUUAUAUUUAUUUUUAUAUAUUGGCCAAUAACCCGACAAAUUAAGUUGACAGCACACGUGAAACGGAUUGCAUUAGAGCGAGAUACUUAUUUUAUUCGCCUGGUUACGCAUUCAUUUUCAAAAUUAACAGUUGUCAAUCAUCCGUCCCUUUCCUUUUCGGCAGAAAGUGAUGGGUAUAACUUAAAAUAAAUUUAAGUGUCUGCAGGAAUCAACAUAUGUUCAUGAGUAUGUUCCAAUGAGGGUUUUUCCAGGCCAUGUUCCCCAAAAAAAAAAAGAAAACGCUGUUGAGAUUUGACGUGAUACCUAUUUUCUCAUUACUCGGCAAAGACCUUUUGUUACUCGGGUACAGUCAUGAGCAAUAUAAUGUACCCACUUUAGGACCCUGUCGCACUAACAUAUUUGACAUUUAGUGAGACUUAAGUACAGUUCAAUUUGUCAAUAAAGUUAAUGUGACAUGGUACCAAAGUGUAUACAUAUUAGUGCUCGUGACCGUACAUAGUUAAUCAAAAAUACAAUGCAAUAUAAAAAUAAUUGUUGCUUGAUGUUUUGAUCACGUCAUCAUGUAUAGAAUUAUGUUGCUACCUAUAUUGCUUCUCUUUAUUUUGAUCAGAAUAAUACUGGAUGGAACAUUUUAUACCCGAAAACAAAGAUAAAAGAUGCAUAUGUCCGUUAUCCAUGAAAUUAAAAGUUUAAAUGAAGAAAAAACUUCAUAACGCCAUCUAUCGUGUUUUUGGGGAACGCCGAUUGGAAAGUCCUUCAUCACGUGCAUACACAUAUAAACUCACGCCUAUUUCCCACCGGAGUAAGCAGAGACUAUGGAAUUCAAUUAGCUUCGAUCCUGACACACUUCUCUUGCUUCCUCCACAUUCAUCAACUAAUAAUUAAUUAAUUUAAGUUUAAGUAUUUUAAGUUCAAAUAUAUUUAGGUAAGUAUACUUAGGUAGAAAUAAGCAAAGGUUCAAUCAUCAAACCUAUUUUUUUUAACUGUAGCUAGUAAGCAGUAACUUUGAAACAACUUUAAAAGGUGACCUACUUAUAAAAAUGUUUUUUUUCUUUUUUUAUUAUUUUUGUGUACUUACAAAUUAAGAAUAAUUUUGUUAAUUGUCUAGAACAGCUGAGAGGCUCAAUUCGAUGAUAAAUAUAAUUUUCUGUAAUUUUCUAUUCGUAAGGAAUAAGUAGGUACUUAUAUAAAAAUAACUAAGACGCUGUUUUUUUUUUUGU